AUGAAUAAUGUCGACAUAGGGCGAUGUGGCAAGCGUAUCGUCCAAUAUUUAUGGGACCCCGAACCUAGGAACGACGAGGAUCCAGAUGCCGUGAUCUGGUGCCUAGGGACAGCGUACUCUCCUGGCCAGGAAAACGCCUCGCCACAGCCGAAGUCCAGUCUGGACAGAUCAAAUCAGUCCAAGUCAUCCAAUCAAGAUACAGCCCAUGGCUGGCCCGAGGGGUUCCUACAGGACUUUGAGUCGAGGAUUUGGAUGACAUAUCGAUCGAACUUCACCCCCAUACCUAAAGUCGACAGUCCCGAUGCUAAACCCGGAAUGACACUGUCCGUACGACUAAGAAGCCAGCUGAUGGAACCGGAGGGGUUUACUUGCGACACUGGAUGGGGCUGCAUGAUCAGAUCUGGUCAGAGCCUCCUGGCCAAUACUCUAUUGAUCUUGCUUCUGGGCCGCGACUGGCGCCGAGGAAAAGGAACCGAUGAAGAAGUUCAAUUGUUGAGGCUAUUUGCCGAUCAUCCAGAUGCCCCAUUGUCGAUACACAGAUUUGUCGAACACGGGGCUCAAUCUUGCGGCAAAUACCCCGGGCAAUGGUUUGGGCCUUCGGCAACCGCCAAAUGCAUCGAGUAUGCUUUCUCCCGGCCCCAACAGCAAUUGAAUGGGAGGGCUAAGAAGCAAAACAGGUUCCUAUCCGAUCGAUGCGAAGAUCUGAAGCUUAAGGUCUAUGUCAGCAACGAAAGCUCCGAUAUUCAUGAAGAUAGCCUCUUGAAAGUAGCCCGAGCUAAUUCGGGUACUUUCCAACCGACGCUGAUACUCGUAGGAACGAGGCUCGGAAUAGACCACAUCACGCCAGUUUAUUGGGAAGCCCUUAAGGCUUCAUUGCAACUACCCCAAUCAGUAGGGAUCGCAGGCGGACGCCCAGCAGCAUCCCAUUAUUUCGUUGGCGUCCAAGGUUCAAACUUCUUCUACCUUGAUCCCCACAGCACCCGCCCUGCUGUUCCUCACCACGAGAUUCAAGUGCCCUACUCGAGUGAGGAAACCGAGACAUAUCAUAGCCGUAGACUGCGGCGGAUUCACAUCACGGACAUGGACCCAAGUAUGCUCAUAGGCUUCCUGGUCCAGAAUGAGGAGGAUUGGCAAGACCUGAAGGGUCGCGUCGUGUCAGUGCAAGGAAAGCCGAUCGUCCGUGUUCUCGAGGGAACGAAACCCGAUAUUUAUCAGGGAAGACAAGAAGCGCUCGAUGAAGUGGAAUCGCUCGAUGAAGCUGAAUAG